GACGAUCUUUGGACGGAAAGUGGAAAGUUCUACGUUGUGCGCACGCGCUCAUUGGGAUUAAUGUCAAGGCACAAAAGUGGCGCUACACCGUAUCGAGCUCUACUCCGGUGGUUGCCUUAGUGAUGGACGGGGAGUCAGAACCAAACCCUGCCGUAGCAGAAGAGGCAGGGGAGCAGGUGGAGCCCAUCGAUGCCACUCCCUCCCCCCAGCAAGAGAUCACACCCACCUCAGAGGAAGCUGGGGAGGUUGAGGUGGAUGAGGUGGCUGAGGAGACUGAGGAGGCAGUUUCCAUGCAAACAGAAGAUGGAGCAACAAAGGAGGGAGGUAUGGAGGACAAUGAUGAUGAUGUGGUCCUAGUAGAGGAGGAAACCUCCCAACCAUCUGCCACAUCCCUUCCAGACGACACGCCAAGCACAGACUGUCCAGAGACGACUGCAGACAUGUCUCCAGCUUCUCCUUCGUCUUCCAGCACAGCAGCAGCUCCUAAACCUCCAACCACAGCAGCAGAGCCCAUCGUCAUUGAUGAUGAGGAUGACGCCGAGCAGAAAGACGCUUCCUCCUCCUCACCAGCGCCCCUUGGAGGCUCCUCCUCAGCACACUCGCCAGUUGCACUCAGCAGCACUGAGCCAGAUUCAGAGAUCAGGAUUGCCAGUGUCACCACGCUGGGUUCAAACAGCCAGAAAGAUGCAGUAUUUGCAGUAAACACUCCACCACAUUCAGGAGACGACCAGGGAGACAUGAAUCUGAUGAUUACCUCGGUGACAUCACUGCAGGGAGGGGAUGCAAUCACGGUGGCAGGUGAAAGCCAGGCAGAGGAAAAUGGUCUUCAGAUCAGCAACGCGUUCAGCCUGAAUCCAGACACCCCUCCUGGUCGACUGACUGCUUCCUUCAAUCCCGGGAGAGGCUCAGGUCCCAUGGGUCAGCUGGUGCAGAAUGGCGACACGGGGACGCACAACAGAGCAGACUCAUGGAUCUCCCAGUCAGCUUCAGUCCCCCGUAACCAGAAGCAGACAGGGGUGGACUCUCCGUCUCCAGCCACAUCCCUCCCAAAACCUCCAGGCCAGUCUUCCUCAUCUACUUCCUCUUCAGGCUCUCAGCCACAGCCCAGGACGGUCAAGGUGACCUGUGCUAACUGCAAAAAGCCGCUGAAGAAAGGACAAACUGCCUACCAGCGUAAAGGCUCCACCCAUCUGUUCUGCUCCACCCCCUGUUUGUCUGCCUUCUCACACAAACCUGCCCCCAAGAAGAGCUGCACCAUGUGUAAAAAGGACAUCACAAACAUGAAGGGUACCAUCGUAGCCCAGGUCGACUCCAGCGAGUCUUUCCAGGAGUUCUGCAGCACGGGAUGUCUCGGAGCGUACGAGAACAAGCAGAACCCACCAAAAUCAGGCAUCAAAACCAAAUGUACCGUCUGUGGGAAGCUCACAGAGAUCCGACACGAGGUCAGCUUCAAGACUGUGACCCACAAGAUCUGCAGCGAUGCCUGUUUCAACGUUUACCGCAGAGCCAACGGGUUGAUCAUGAACUGUUGCGAGCAGUGCGGGGACUACCUGCCGAGCCGAGCGUCAGCCAACCACUUCCUGCUGGUGGACGGCCAACAAAAGCGUUUCUGCUGCCACAACUGCAUCAGGGAGUUCAAGCAGGCCCACAGUAAACUUGCGAGCUGCCACACUUGUAAAACGCUGAUAAAGACUGGGGAGGUGCUCCAUAGCAUUGGAGCAGGCGGCGCCAUGUGUUCCUACUGCUCCGUCAACUGCAUGAACAAGGGCAAGCUGGCAACGACGUCCUUCAUCAACACAGAGCCAACAUGUCACUUCUGUAAGAGGAACUCUUUACCGCAGUACCAGGCCACGCUGCCAGAGGGGAACAUCCUCAACUUCUGCAGCUCACAGUGCGUCACCAAGUUCCAGAAUGCUACUUUUCAAACAACCACAAAUGGACAGACGCCGGUAUCUACCACAAACAACACAGUCCAGCUGAAAUGUAACUACUGUCGAGGAGCAUUCAGCCUGAAGCCUGAAAUCCUGGAGUGGGAGGAUAAAGUCUACCAGUUCUGCAGUAAGGCGUGCUGUGAGGACUACAAGAAGCUGCACUGCAUUGUGACGUUCUGCGAGUAUUGCCAAGAAGAGAAGACGCUACAUGAGACGGUCAAGUUCUCCGGAGUCAAGAGACCAUUUUGCAGUGAAGGUUGUAAGCUGUUAUUCAAGCAGGACUUCAUCAGGCGUUUGGGUCUGAAGUGUGUCAGUUGUAAUCACUGUAACCAGCUCUGUAAGAGAGGCGUGACCAAGCAGUUCGGUGGCAUGACACGGGACUUCUGCAGUGAGACCUGUGCCAAGAAGUUCCAUGACUGGUACUAUAAGGCGGCGAGAUGUGACUGCUGUAAAGUACAGGGGAACCUGACGGAGUCUGUGAUGUGGAGAGCAGAGAUGAAGCAUUUCUGUGAUCAGGAGUGUCUACUGAAGUUUUACUGCCAGCAGAACGAGCCCAUCAUGGUCACACAGAAAGGCCCAGAGAACACAACCAUAGGGUAUGAAAUGCAAGGAGCCAAACUUGGAAUGGUGAAUCAGGGUACUGUGGCGUAUGGUGGAGGUGGAAUGAUGAGAGAUGUCAAGAACAAGGCGGUGCUCUGCAAGCCGCUCACUCUGACCAAGGCGACCUACUGCAAACCACACAUGCAGAGCAAACUUUUACAGACAGAUGUUGAUGAUGGUGUGAAGAGGGAGUACAUUCCUGUUCCCAUACCUGUGCCUGUCUUCAUCCCCAUGCCCAUGAACAUGUAUUCCCAGGUCACCCCAGCUCCAGUCUCUCUGCCUGUACCGGUUCCUGUGCCUGUGUUCCUGCCCACCACCUUGCAGGGGGCAGAACAGAUCAUCCAGACCAUCAACGACCUGAAAAACAAGGUGUCGGCCGAUACAGAAGAUCCAUCGGAGGCUGACAUGAUCAUAGAGGACCAGAAACCAGAUGUGAAGCCAGUGAAGGUGAAGAGAGAACAAGGAGACGCAAAGUCCUCGAGCAGCAGCUCCGAGAAAGAUAAGGAGGUGAAGAAGGAGGAGACAAAAGAAGAGGAGGAAGAUGAUGAGGAUGAAAAGUAUGAGCCUGACCUGGACCUGGAAGAAGACUUCCCAAAAGGUGUGGACCCUGCUCCUGUCCUGGAGGGGAUGGACGAGGACAUGGGUUUCUCUCUACCUCCUGUUCUGGCAGAGGAGAAGGAGGAACCAGAGGAGACGGUACCUCGACCACAGCCCAAGAGACAAGGAAAUAAGAGGAAGGCAGUAGAGGGAAGCUCAGACCUGGCGUCGUCCUCUUCGUCUAAUCAAUCAGGAAAAUCCUCAGAAGGACAACCACUUCCUCUCAAAUCUCGAUACGGCAUCCACGCCUGGAAACGCUGGGCAAUGUCUGCUUCUGACAAAUCAACUGACACCAAACCAAAGGAUCGCUCCAAACCAGCCCGGUCUAAAGGUAACCUUUUAACGCUGAGUUCAGAGGAGCUGAAUGUGGCUCUGUCCCAGUUUGUCAGGGAGAUCUGCAGGCCAAAUGGGGAGCGCUACUCUCCAGACAGCAUCCUCUACCUCUGUCUGGGGAUCCAGCAGCAUCUUCAUGCCAAAGGCCGGAAGGAUGACCUGUUCAGUGACCCGAGUUAUCAGACGUUUGGAGAGGAGCUCAACAAAGUCCUGAAGGACUGGCAGCCCAGUGUGCUUCCUGAUGGCUCACUGUUUGGUCGAGUGGAGGAGACGAUUCUUUGGAGCAGCCAGCAGCUCGGGGAGCAGAGUCCUGCCACUCUGCUGCGCUCUCUGGUUUACCUGAACACCAAAUACUUCGGUCUGCGCACUGUGGAGCAGCACCUCCGCCUCUCCUUCGCCAACGUCUAUGGCCCUGACACCGUCCAUCCUGUCACCAAGGAGACCAAUGUCUGCAUCCGCGUGCCUUCCAUCUCUCAGGAUCACAAUGUGCAAACAGAGUCAAGGAAGAGGAAGCGGAAGCUGGAGGACAAAGAUCAGGACUUUGAACAAGACGACGACUCAGGAGACUCCACAGUACGCUGUCCGGUGAAGAAGCACGAGUGUCACCUGUAUGAGCUCUACAGAUCCAAGUGCCCGGCGUCGCUGCGGGAUCAUCUGGAUGUCUUCUACGUUCAGCCAGACCCGGCCUACAGCCCUGAAAACCCGCUGUGGUUCAGCUCCACUCCCCUGGAGCGACAGGUCCUGGAGAGCCUCCUCAUCAGAGUCCUCAUGGUCAGGGACGUUUACACGGACAGACAACACCCAGAGGAAGAUGAGGAGGAAGAGAACAGGGGUGAUGCAGUUGGGGGAGAGUAGCAGAAGCCUGGACAUUUAUUCCCUGGAGCCUGAACAGAAGCAGAAGAGGAGGAUGGAUAGACAGUAGGGUAUGUGCUGCUGCUCCUCCGCUGACUCGUCAUCUGCUCCUUUUUCCCCUCCUCGCUGACUCGCUGUCUCCUCCUGGAGAGGAGCGUCCAACACAGAGAGAGUAGCAGAUGAAGAAAAUGUCAGUGAAGAGCAGCACUUACUGUUCCUGACUGGUUCUCAAGGAGAGAGCUUUAUUAAGAAGAAUACAGCAACAGAAAUGUGACCUAGCUAGAUAAAAAUGAGUAAGGAAUAGAGGAGGUGUAGUUUGUUCUUGUGGUUAAAGUUAAAUCAGGUAGAAGAUCAUCAAUGUUCAUUUUCAAGACAUUUGGAGAAGAUUGGAUGUACAGAUGUGCAUCAUCAACGACUCUGAGAGCCACAGUGAGAAGUUUCAAAUAAUAAAAACACACUUUCAUGCUUUAAUGGACAUUUAUGCAGACACCAGGAGGAAAAAGCGGAGGAGGAGGAUGAAGGAAGACGCUGGAAGAAGGAAAUGACCAGAAAUGUCAUCUUAGAAAUGGGCACAUGGCUAAGCCAACAUUCAGUGUUGCAUCCUUUGCACUUAUAAGGGUCUUAAACAACAGAUUUUAGUGAUUUAAUGAUGAGAUUUUAUCCAGUGUAACUGUACUAGUGACCAUAGACCUCACUCCCCUCUCUUAGGUCGUCAGCCAUCGUUUGUCACCUUAUUUUUUAAACUUUGGCAUCAAUUAUCUUUUCCUUUUGGAGACUAAAGAUGCUAAAACCAAAGUAUUUUCAGCAUCUGGUCGUGUCUUAAAGGUAUAUACAUGCUAACAAUUAAUCUGAUUAAGACAAUCUUGUGCUGAUGGUGUCAAAGUCCACACAAAUGUCCAACAGAACAAUUCGAUUUGAGAAAGUUACCAUUUACUGUCUUUCUGUGCAUUUUCAUUCUCCAUCAGAACAGCGUAACACCAUCAACCUCCUCCUCUCCAGUGACGUGGAUUCGCUGUUUCCCACAUCCACAUUUACCUGCGCUGCUCUCAUUUUACUCUUCCCCCGUUAGUACUGCUCUCAGGCCAAACCUCCGCACCACAGAGGACUUUUUUUUUCAGCUCAGACGUGCAGGAAUCAGGACUGCAAAAGGCGAUCAGACAGAGCUGCCUCACUGUGGUGCAGGGGGUUAAAAAGCAACCUCCCGACAUGCUGCGUUUCUUUAUACGACAUGAGAGGAACCCUCAUCCAUGCAAUGUAGCAUUAAGUGCGUACUAAGCCCAGAUUGGGUUGCUUCGAUGUGUAAAUAUCUCUGAACCAAGGCGGACAUGGAGUUAACACAGACGGACAUGGUUGAACUUUAAAACCCACCUCCUGAGAAGCCUUUUCUUUUUGUAAGACUGGUUAUUUAUUUCUCUUUUUAUUAGUUUGUGUCUUCUUUACGUCAGGGGGGAUUUUUUUGGGUGCCAUUUCCUUCUCAUUGAGUGAAAACCUGCUGCAACCUUGCACCCUCACCUCGUCUUCUCCUUUAAAAAAGUGAACGUUUGGGAACCUAGGAAAUAUGAAGGACUGAGAUUAUUCCGAUUAAACAGACUAUUUUUUCCUUUCUG